AUGGGGAUCAUUGUCUUUGAUACUAUUUGUGUUGUUGCAGCCCAUGCUUCAUUCGUCCUCUGGCUGCUUCGUGGAGGAGAGGGCUGCUCUACUGGACAUCCGAUCUUCUCUGGUUUAGUUGGGCUAGCCAAGCUUCGAUAUCUCGACCUCAGUUUCACUUGGUUGGGAGGGGGUUUUCCGGAAUUUAUCGGGAAAAUUGUUUGUCUGGAAGUCUUGGCUCUCCGCUAUAGCAACCUGAACGGAAGCCUUCCAGCCGGAGCGGUUGAAAAUCUUCGAAACUUGCGAGAAUUGAUUAUGUCUAUGAAUAGCUUCAACGGAAACCUCCCAGCUUCGCUAUUCGCACUUCCUCAGCUAAAGAUCCUAGAUCUCUCCUAUAAUAAAUUUGAUGGGCAUAUUCCCAUAGGCUCAUUCUCAGGACCAAUUUCACUUGAAGUCCUAGAUCUACGUUUCAAUUCCCUCAACGGAACUCUCCCGGUUACAGCUUUUAAGGGUCACAACCAGUUUAGUGGAUCUCUCCCUGUGCCAUUAUUUGCACUUCCUCAUCUGAAGUCCCUAGAUCUCUCACAUAACAACUUUGAGGGACAUUUUCCUAUUAGUUUGUCUUCAGAACCAGUUCCGCUUGAAGUGUUACAUCUGGAGUAUAAUAAGUUGAGUGGAGCUCUUCCUGCUGAACAAGAUUUUGUAAGUCUUCAGAACCUACGAGAGUUGUAUUUGAGUUCAAACCAAUUCAGCGGAAACAUUCCAUCAUUCUUGUUUUCACUUCCACAUAUUGAACAACUAGACCUCUCAGAAAAUUCCCUUGGAGGAUCAAUUCCGAUAAAUCCGUCGUCAAAUCUUUCAUUGUCGCUUAAGAGUCUUCGGUUUUCUCAAAACAAUUUGAGUGGUAGACUUUCUUUCAUUUCGCUUCAAAGCCUCACAAAACUCGAAGAGAUAGACCUUUCAGACAAUGCAAAUCUAGUUGUCCAUGUCAAUAUUCCUGGAUGGACACCUAUGUUCCAAUUGAAACAGUUACUGCUCUCUGGGUGUGACCUUGACAAGAGCAUUAUUGCAGAACCACAUUUUUUACGCACACAACAUCGUCUAGAGUUGCUUGAUUUGUCCAACAAUAAUUUGUCAGGUGCCAUGCCCAAUUGGUUGUUUACUGAGGAAGCAACACUGAAGUAUCUGCUUCUUGGAAAUAACUCGCUAACUGGGUCGCUGAACCCAAUAUGGCUUCCCCAAUCUUUUCUCGAGAUUAUUGAAAUACAGAUGAACCAUAUUACGGGACAAUUGCCGAUCAACAUCAGCUCGUUGUUUCCAAGUUUGAGUAUUCUAGAUUUUUCUAGUAACAACCUCUCUGGGCACAUACCACCAUCGUUGUGCGAGAUGACGCACAUGUUGAUUUUAGACUUAUCAAACAACAAACUUUCUGGGGAAGUUCCAGCUUGUGUGUUCUCUAGUCAUCAAGAACUGUACGUUUUCAGGGUCUCAAACAACAAACUUGGUGGUCUGAUUUUUGCUGGGGUUAACAGUCGGAUCACAACAUAUCAAUUGUACAUGGAUAGGAACAAAUUUGAAGGAACAAUACCCCAUAAUCUGUCAGGUGAUUUCAGUGUCAUGGAUUUGCAUGAUAACAACCUAUCUGGAAGACUUGACGCUUCAUUGUGGAAUCUAUCUUCUUUGGCCGUCUUGAAUCUUGCUGGCAACCGUAUAACAGGUGAAAUUCAUCAGAAAAUUUGUGGAAUCUCAGAAAUUCGCCUUUUAGAUCUAUCAAGCAAUAACCUUACAGGGUCUCUACCGAACUGCAGCUUUAUAGAACUCCAGUUUCUUAACCUGUCGGGAAACUCCUUAUCUGGCGAUUUUUCUUACACCCUUUUCAACACAUCAAAUAUGAUUUCUUUGGAUAUCAGACAUAAUCAGUUCACUGGCAAUCUACAUUGGCUAGGUUAUCUUGAUAACAUUAGGCUACUUUCCUUGGGCAGAAAUAAGUUUGAAGGGCAGAUUACUCCAAACCUGUGCAAACUUUUGUACUUGAGGAUAAUUGAUUUGUCACACAACAUGCUUUCAGGUUCGUUACCAUCAUGUAUUGGUAACAUCUCUUUCAAAGGUGACAUAGAUGAUCAAAUUUUCCACUCGGUCGAUUGGUUUACAACUUACUCUUAUCACACUUCUUAUGACCUAAGGGAUUUCACCUUUGCUACCAAAGGUAAUCUCUACACAUAUGGGCGAAGCUUCUUUGUUUCCAUGUCGGGGAUUGACCUGUCCGUAAACAUGCUGGAUGGAGAAAUUCCUUGGGAGCUUGGAAAUCUGAGCCAUAUCAAAUCCCUGAACCUGUCCAACAAUUUAUUUGUUGGUCCAAUCCCAAUGACCUUUGGCGACAUGGAGGAGAUAGAAAGCUUGGACCUCUCCCACAACAAGCUGAGUGGACCAAUACCUUGGCAGUUAGAUCAAUUAUCAUCAUUGGGGGCGUUCUCUGUGGCAUACAACAACUUGUCAGGAUGCAUACCAAACUAUGGACAGCUCAGCUCAUUCAGCAUGGACAGCUACCUACCCAACACCAACCUUCACAACAUUACUCAGGAGAAUACUUGUGCUGCUCCUGGUCCAGAUCCUGCUACGGGGAAAGAUGCAGGAGAGACGCAGAGUGACCCAGUUCUAUACGUGGUCACGGCCGCCGCUUUUGUGUUGGCAUUUUGGGCCACCAUUGGGUUCUCAUUUUUUUAUCCUUACGGAAGAUCUGUAAUGCUCAAGCUGUAG